UCCUCCCCCCGCUUCUAGUUCUUCAGUGCACGGAAAAGGAAGAGUUGCAGAAGUAGUCUCUUUCUCUCUCGCGAUGAAUCUCCUGCAAAUUCCUCGUGCUUCCCUUGGUCUUCACCUCGGUGAAAAUCCGAACUCAUGGAGGAAUUCCAGCUCAAGUGGGCUGUCAUCGUCUCUGGCUGGCGGAAGCCUGGGUAUCGGGGUCGAUGGAGUGGCUCCUACUGGUAGCAAGUUCUUGGUGACCAAGGAGACAAAGAAGAAGAGAAGGAUGAUGAUGAUGGUGGUGGCGGUAGUCUCUAGUGGAGAUGGAUUUUCCACCACUGUCAAUCUUAACGAGUACAUGGUCACUCUAGAGAAGCCCUUCGGCAUCCGCAUUGCUCAAUCGGUGGAUGGGACAAUCUUUGUGCAUGCUCUGAAGAAAGGAGGAAAUGCUGAGAAAUCAAGAAUGAUCAUGGUUGGGGAUAGACUAAAGAAAGCUGCUGCUGGGUUAAAUCAUAGAGUUGUUGAAAUUAAGAACUUCAGAGAUGCUGUGGAAUUUUUGAAGGUCAAGGAUGGUCCUUUGAGGGUUGUCCUUGAGAGACCCUUUUCUCCAUUUCCCAUCCAUCAGCUACAUCUCUCAAGCAGUUUGGAAGUCUCAUUUAAUAGAGGCAGGGUUCCUUUUGUUACCUGGAACAAGAACAUACUAACAUCAAAUCUUAGUUCAUCAUCUGGGGACGAGGCAAAUUCUGGGUUUGCAUUAUUUUCACCAAAAUUCAUGAAGCCGGAAGGAUGGAAACUUCUACUCAUGGAAAGCACUGGUGCUAUAAAUUCUGAGAUACUAGACAGCAAAAAUAUGGAUGUCUAUAAGAGACCUUCUACUGAACUCAUAGAUAUAUACUCUGGAGAGGAAAUUAAGGAGGGUGAAUGGCAUUAUGGAAGCUUUCCUUUGGAAGAAUAUGUCCAAGCCCUUCGUCGAUCUGAAGGGGAAUUAAUCUAUAAUCACUUUCUUGGCAUGCAAUUCAGCAAGAUCACUGAACAAAUAUAUAUAGGGUCAUGCGUGCAGACAGAAGCUGAUGUACACAAGCUUUCAGGUGAUUUGGGAAUCACUGCAAUAUUGAAUUUUCAGAGCCAAAGUGAGAUGUUGAACUGGGGAAUUAAUUCAGAGUACGUAACUGAUGCCUGCCGUAGACUUAAUGUACUCAUGAUCAACUAUCCAAUCAGGGAUGGAGAUUCCAUUGACUUGAGGAAGAAGAUGCCAUUUUGUGUUGGUGUCCUUUAUCGAUUAAUGAGACAGGGCCAUCGAGUUUAUGUUACAUGUACAACUGGCUUUGAUAGAUCACCAGCUAGUGUGAUUUCAUACUUGCACUGGAUCCAGGACACUCCUUUACAUGAGGCUUACAAUUUUGUCACAAAGUUGCAUGUUUCUCGCCCUGACAGGCCUACAAUUGUCUGGGCAACAUGGGAUCUGAUUGCUAUGGUGGAGAAAGGAACCCAUAACGGUCCUCCAACACAUGCCGUGAACUUUGUUUGGAGCCAUGGGCAUCGGGAGGGUGAGGAUGUAUAUCUGGUGGGAGAUUUUACUGGGAACUGGAAAGAGCCUAUAAAGGCAGUUUACAGAGGUGGAUCAAGAUAUGAAGUUGAAGUUCGGCUUCCACAAGGAAGGUAUGCGUACAAAUUCAUAGUCAAUGGCACGUGGCGGCAUUCAGCAGCAUUACCUACAGAAACUGAUCAGUGGGGAAACGUAAAUAACACGAUCAGAGUUGGAGGUGUUGCCACUGGAAAUCCUUUCAAGGAAACCCCACAACCAGUAAAGGAUCUUACUGUUGUGAGGGCAAUUGAACGGAAGCUAACAGAGGAUGAACGCUGCUUGUUGGCAUUUGCAGCUAGGCGAAUUGCAUUGUCAAUAUGCCCAAUCAGAUACACUCCCAAGUGAGUGUGGAAAACUUGGAAGAUAGCGAUGCUUCAGUAGAACAACUUCAAGGCCACUGGCUGGUUUCGGUUUAUCACAGUUUGUGGCCGAAAAGCUUCUCAAAUUCACAGCCAUUUGGGUCAUAAGAUGCAGGAAUAACAUGGGAGUUGCGCUGCUACAUAAGUUUCUAGUGGAACCAAUUUUUGAUAUGUCAAUCUGUGUAUAUAUUUAUCAACCUUUUAGAUUGCAUUAAAGCCUUUCAUUAUGUUAUACAAACAAGUCCUCCCAAUGUUUUUCUUCUUUUAUUCAAUAAUGGAGACACCAACUAUUAAGGUGGGAGACCUGUACCUAUAA